GUAAGACGAGCCCCCUUCCUCAAUCGCCCUUUUCGCCAUUUUCCCGAGCUCCCGAGCCCUCUCUCUCCUCCUUUGCCCUUCCUCUCCCCCAUCCAUCAACUCCUCAAUAGCCCCCUUAACCACCUCCCACUUCACCUGAACUCCAAUUCUUUCCUCCUCACCAAACAUCACCGGCACUUCCAAUCCCACUCUCACCCCGAUCUUCGCCACGCUCACGACAAACUUCUCCAUCGGCAAGCCCGCGGUCAUCCCUUCCAGAGUCGAGUUCCACCCGCAGUGCGUCAGGAAUCCCCCAACCGACGGGUGGGAGAGUAUCAAAACCUGCGGGGCCCACCCGCGGAUCACAAUCCCCUUCUCCCGAACCCUCUCUUCGAAAUUCUCUUCCCUAAGCCACGUGUCAAACUCGUCCGGCGCGCUCCUGACCACCCACACGAAGGGUCGGUUCGAAGCCUCCAAUCCCAACCCGAGCUCGACGAGCUGCGAAGCAGCGAGUCGAGCAACGGUCCCGAGGCAGACGAAUAUAACCGAGCCCGGGUCUCGAGAACCGAGCCAUCUCAAGCACUCGUGGUGCUCGUCGAUCGAGCUGCCUCUUUGGGCCUUAUCCAAAUCGGUCUCGUUGCACGACGAGACGGGCCCGAUGCACCAGACCUUUUUAUUACCCUUCAAUUCCGAGUACUUCCUCACGUACUCUGGCUCGAGCUCCUCGAAAGUGUUGACCACCGUCCCGAAAGCUCCGGAUUCCGCGCCCAGGAGCUGGUCGCGCACCUUGACCCACUCCGGCGUGAGUUCCUUUUGCGUGCCCCUCAUCUGAGCCUUGGUGACCUCUAUCCGGUCGGGAAGGUCGGGUACCACGAAAUACUCUGUAUCCGAAGGGGCGAUUUUUUCGAAAUCCCGGGAGAGAAACAGCACGUGCAUACACACGAGGGCGAAACAGCUCGUCCCGUGGAAAACGAGCCUCGGGAUUCCGAACCGGGUGGCGACGGCUGUGGCCCACGCGAAACACAUGUCGGCGAUCAAACAGGUCGGGCGAGGUUCGAGGUUUUUAAGUAUUUGUUCGACCGGGUCCUCUAA